AAGAAAAGGGGCGAUGCUGCUGGCUGAAGCAGCGCUCGGUCAAACGUAAACAACAACGGGCAUGAAAUAUGUGUGUGUCUUUACGAAGCUGGAUAGUAAGGCAGAGAGGAAACCCCGGGACGCAAUGGUUCGAUCUGUACCAGCACUAGUGGAUGAUUUAGAUUCCAUUCAUAGUGCAAUGGUGACGGCAUAACGAGGCAGAAAUGUUUCGCUCGCGGUUAGUGGUGUCGAUAGUGACUUAAUAGCUCCCGAUAAGGUGUUAUCUUCUUCCUGGAAGUGUUAAAUUUAGUCCUAUAGUGUACUCAGCCGUUCGAUUAGUCGGUGCUCAACAUUCAGAAUGGAUCUGAACUUCAAAUGUCCACUGUGUGAAACAUAUUUCGACUCGAAAGAUGACCUCACCGACCAUGUCAAGACCGUCCAUACUUCGUACUACUACGAUACGUAUUUAGUGCCCCCGGUUCUUUUUUUACCUUCUGAAACGCCGCUCAUUGUGACAGGAGCCCCCAGCACAGUGAUCACAACCGAACCGGUUUCGACCCCCGAAGUGCUAGUGGAACCGGUGGUUGCAGACGACGGAUGUUGUGACUGUGGAUGCUGUUCAGGCGAUGCCGCCGGAGCACACGCGGACUCGGGGGGUGAUUGUGGAGACUGCGAUUGCGAUUGUGAUUGUGUGGUUAUGUGAGCCUUGACCUCGGACCGGUUCGGUCACUAGGCGAACGUUUAGUACUAGCGACUCAAGUUCUUCGAUAUUAUUACUUUCACUAUUUAUGUUAUACACUAAAGCGUUUUGCAAAUAUGCCCGACAAGCUGAUGUUAUGAAGUGUGAAUAACAUACGCAAAAAGUUUAGACAUGUUUCAUACAUAUGUUGAUUAGGAUUAGAACUAAGGCGUCACUCAGCCUCGAUUCAUGUUAGAUGCUCUAUUUUACUUUCAGUUAGGCCAUAAAAUAGAAACGUAGUUUUUUGGCUUUUUUUUAUAAAUAUACUCUACAGAAUACAGUUUUUCAAUUUUAGUGGAAAUUUA